AUGGUUGUGACACUGGUAUUUCAACUUUGUGGUCUCCAAACGUACGCAGGACCGGGUGCACCGUUCGGGUCCACAUUGGCACUGUUGUGGUGCGUUGGGUGUUGCAUCCUGUACGGGGGUGUGCUGGCCUACUGCUUCAUCGAGCGCAGGUGGCUCUUUGCCGAUUCGCGCACCGGUAUCGGAAUAAACGUUAUCCCUUUCAUCAAGAGCUCAACGACGGUGGUGGCACACUUGGUGGUACUGGUCGAGGCGCUACUAGCACGUGGCGUUUACCGUGCGCUGGACGUUCGUGUGACCUCCGUUGAUGGAACGCUGGACGAGUUGACGGGUCGGACGGCUGGAUCUAUUUUGGCACACGCCCGCACACAGUUCCGCACCAAGCUGGCCCUGUUUGGGGCGUACUGUUGCGCAAUCGAGCUGGGAAUACUCGCACUGGUUUACGCGAACCCGCUCCACCGGAUCAUCUGGUGUCUGACCGUACCGUCGCUAGUCACCAUACGGAUGAAGCACCUUCACCAUGCAUACCACAUUGACCGCUUAACGGCCCGGUUCAGUAUCCUGCGAGAGCAGAUGGAGUCUCUUGUCGACGGUCGGACCAUUUCCCUCGGGCAGUUGGAAUUAACCGAAGACAAUGUUCCUCCCAAACGGACAUCUCUGGACCGUUGGAAGACAAAGGCAUCCCUUCGACCGGCCAUCAUCGAUCCGUGGACAUUACGCAACCCAGCGGGGCUGACCAAAUCUCUCGGGUCCGAUGGGCGCCCCGAAAUGAAGCAUCUUCGCCAGCUAUUUGCCAUAAAAAGCACGUACCUUACGCUCUGGCACGCCGCAAAGGACCUAAACGGUAGCUGCGUUUACUCGCAGCUGGCCAAUCUGCUGCAAAACUUUAUCCAGUGUACGUGCGACCUGUACUCGCUGUACUCGCUGCUUUAUCUCAAUCAGCUGGGUGAUAUUUUCGGUUUCAUACUCAGCAUCGUGGCCACAUUUACCGCCCUCGGUAUCGUGUUGGCGGCGUGCGAAAACUGCAAGAACCAGGUUGGCCAGAUGGGACAGUUGCUGCACAAACGGCGCGGCGAUGAGACAGAUAUGCUCGCGAAAAUGAUCGAAAACUUUUCCCUACUGCUGCAUCACACACCGAUCUUUUUCUCACUUGGUGGAUUUUUCGAUAUGGAUUUUAUGCUUCUAAAAGAGAUAGCAGCCGCUAUUACCACGUACAUGGUUAUCUUCAUACAGUUUAUGCCGAAGGAGGAACCGGGAACGGAUCCGACGACCGGAUCCCUACCUAACCUGCAGUUCACUAAUGGUACACUCCCUGUGAAGCCUGAAUAA